CCUUAAGUGUAUUGUGUUAUUUAAUUUUAUUUAUAGAAAGAUUGUAUAGCAAUUGAUUUCCGGUCACCAGUUGGCAUUCUAUUGUUAUUUGUUCUGAUUGUAAAACAGAACUGUUAUUUAACUAUCGCGUUAAACACAAACUAGCGGACACUGUUUGCGGUAAAAGCGAGUUGUGACAUUAAUCUCUAUAUCUUGUCGAUUACCAACUAGACUGCUUGUCAAACAUUAAUAUCCUGAAGUAUUGUUCGAGCAGGAAGACAAUAUUAAAGAACGUUAUGGUAGAUCGAUAUACAUGUACAUGCGCACAGUGAAUGGAAAUAUCCACGUGGUGAAAUUCUUGUUGUAAAGGAAGACAGCAUUAAAGGAGUGGUGUUGUAGAUCGAUAUACAUGUACAACACAUGCCGAGUACGGUGAACGGAAAUAAGGCAGUGGUGGAAUUCUUUUUGUAGAGGUAAAUCAGUCGUUUAGUCGAUGUGUUUAACUUCAGUAUGGACUUAAAUAUGGUCAUCUAGAACGCUGGCUGGACUGGAAGAAAACACAACAGAAUGAGCGACAAAAUCAGCACCGGGAUGUCACCCAACCGGGUGCAACCCGAUACGUCGACCGGAAGGACGCUGAUCGAGAUGGACUCGCCGGCGUCAACCGUAGACCUCGAUCACAUGCAGGCCCUGGAACGGCAGCGGCGCCGGCGGGAGAGGGAGCCGCUCCUCUACUGCAAACUGGUCACCAAGUAUCCGGUUCGAGCCUUCCUAAUGGCAUUGGGCGGUCACAUACUGAUGGUAGUGAUAUCUGCCGGGCUUGUGGCCUCGGGCUACGAUCUCCUUCCGGUGGAUUUCGAGAACCUGCCACUGGAGAUAAACGAUCAGCCAUGGCGGCCACGGGACCUCGCCUGGCACUACAGGGACGAGUUUGAUGCCUACUACAGCCGAACGCCCUCCGCCAACUUCCGAGAGAAUAACUAUGCAAGAGCGGACAUAUUUCUCUUUUAUGAUGGAAUGGGGAGCAAUGUGUUUACGCAGGAACGGUUGCAGAAAAUUGAAUCUAUUGAAAAUGAACUGACAGCGGUUGCGAAAUACCAAAGCACAUAUUGCCAGCUGGAGAGCGUUGUUUCCUGUGAAAAGCCUUUGUCAAUAAUUCGCUUCUUUGACGGAUCUUAUUCCAGUAUAAAUGCAGUGUUUAACGAUUCAAAUUAUAACAAUAUCAAUGCCGUUUUAUACGAGGCGUCUACAAAUAACCUCACAGCUGGCCUAUUCCGAUUUUUCCUCGGAAAGGACAACGAGAUAACAGCGAGCAAGGCGUACUCGGGGAUCACGCGGUCCAUGGUUCAGCUAGGCUACCCGUUAAAUGGAUACGACACGGAGGAAGAGUACGAGGCCCACAUCAGGGAUUGGCAGGUGGUCGACAUGAAGCCCAUUCUUGUUCGAACCCGCACGGACUGCAAAGAGAUGGACUUCUCAUACCUCUCACAGAUGCUCUGGCUCGAGGACGUGUUUAACCAGGCCAUGAAGGAUGUAUUGUGUGCCGUAGGAAGCAUCUGUUUCAUCUUCAUCCUUAUCCUCGUACAUACUCGCUCACUGUGGGUGAGUGGCUUCGCCAUUCUCAGUAUUGUGACCAGCUUUGUCGGCGCUAAUCUUGUUUACCGGGUCGUUCUCGGUUUCAAGUAUAUUGGCUUUUUUCACAUUUUGACCCUCUUUAUCAUUCUUGGUAUUGGAGCAGACGACAUUUUUGUAUUUUAUGACGUAUGGAGAAACACCGCAUAUGAAAACUAUCCCAGUCUUGCUCAUAGGUUGUCAGACGCUUACAGAAAGUCAGUGUUUAGCAUGCUCUUUACUUCAAUAACGACAGCAGUAGCUUUCUUUGCAAGUGCCAUAUCCCCUUUAUUAGCAACUCGUUCAUUCGGUGUGUUUUCUGGUCUUGUCAUAAUUGUCAAUUAUACUUCUGUGAUAUUGUAUUUUCCUACGGUUGUAAACCUGUACCAUCAAAAAUUUGAACAAUUUAAAUGGUCCUGUUUUAUUUUUUGCGAGAAAAACUGUACAUGUUGUUCAAAAAGUGAAAAGAAAGAAAUUGAAGAGGGUGAUGGCAACAAACCCAGUCAUUUGACUGACACCGAUGUUUCUGCGAUAGGUAAUGGUGAUGUAAAGGGAAAAAGUGUUAUUAAUUUACAAAAAGAAAAUGAAGUGUUUGUUACUCGGAUAACAGUUGAAAAAACAAAAGUAACAGACAACGGAUAUACUAAGCCUGCGUUGAACGGGACAGAUAACGGUUUUGCGAUCGGACAUGUAAAUAAAGCAUUUGAGGCGAACGGCGAUGUCCCUUAUGUCAAUUCAGCAUCAUCAAAACAUGACGCCCGCCCUGAACCCAUGAAGCGAAAACAGAAAUCGUUCAUGGUGCGAUUUUUCCGAAACCGAUAUUCGUGGUUCGUGACGCACCCAGUAUUUCGUUGGGUGAUUCUUGGUGUCCAGGUCGCCGUGUUAGCGUUCUUCAUUUACCAAGCAUCCAAACUCGAACCGGACAACGAAGGCUUGAAGGUACUGAAGGAUAGCCACGUGUACUCCAUCGCAGAUACCCACUCCGUCGAAUCUUUCGUGCUGAGCGACUCCGACCGCACACUGAUCAUCUACAUCGCCUGGGGCAUGCUUCCCAAUGACAUGGAGGACUGCCACUUUUCCACGCCGGAGUGCGAUGGAAAGCGCCGAUGGGAUCCAGAUUUUAAUCCAAGCACCCCUGCUGCACAAACUGCUAUGAAGGCGCUUUGUGACAAGCUUCUCAGCCUCUCCUCGAGCGAGGCGGACAAGAUGCGUAUCAAGCGCGACUACACUACCGGGAAUCUGCAAAUCAACUGCUACAUGGCCAACCUAGACACCUUCCUACAGGCUGAACAGGGAACAAACUGGGACCUCACAUACGACUACAACAAGACUGCCUAUUUUAUGAAAGCUCAUACGAGUUUCUAUGACUCGACCAAAUUCAACUCAUCGUACGCACACUAUCUUGAGAUUCCCAUCUCGUACUGGCUGAACAACAAAAAUUACACGAACGAGUACGGGGAAGACUUCUACCUGUUUGACCAUCUCAUUGGCGAAGAGAAAGCCGAGUUCACACAGCCGAUUCUCACGAACUCGACAUUUAAGUACGGUAACAACAUCCGGUACGUGGGUAUUCAGGUGAACACGACGCUCCGGUACCAGACGCUAGGCUACAGCGAGGGUAUUCCAGUUAUGGACCUGUGGGAAGAGUUUGUCACAAGCGAGAUGGCCUCAAUGCCGACUGAGAUGAAGAACGGUUUCCAAGUGACCCGCUACAUCUGGCAUUGGUUAAUUGUCUCACAGAUGCUGGCCCAGAAUGCGAUAUAUGGGAUUGCGAUCGGAGUUUCUCUAGCCUUCCCGAUACUUGUGCUCGCCACCGGAAAUGUCGUCACGGGCUUUCUGGCCACCCUGUCAAUGUGCUGCAGCACCGUCUGCGUCAUCGGUGUUAUACCCCUCGGUGGAUGGAAGCUCGGGGUGUUGGUGUCGCUAAACAUGUGCAUGGUUGUUGGCCUCACCGUGGACUAUGUCGUCCACCUGGCGGAAGGAUACAGCCUUUCGCUUCACAAGGACCGGCGCAUGCGUGUCAGGGACAUGCUCGACGAAAUGGCCGUUUCCGUUUUCUUCGGAGCGAUAACUACACUCGGCGCUUCACUGUUUAUGUUUCUAGCUCAGUUAUCAUUCUUUUUACAGUUCGGCAUAUUUAUGUUUUCUACCAUCGGGUUUUCAUUGUUUUUCUCGAUGGGGCUCUUUGUGACAUUAAUGGGACUAGUUGGGCCCGAAGGGGACACGGGGAACCUUCUGGCUCUGUUCAGGCGCGUACGGGCCUGGUGCCGCUCCAGGAAGGGCAGGAAGGAGGAGGACCAGAAGCAAGAGAUCAGUGCCUCCCACUUCAGACCAAAAACAGGCAAGACAAUCCGAGCAGAUGUGCCGGAUGUUUCAUGACAGAGUGUUGAAGGUGUAUGUCCGGAAUUCAAUGCCUUUUAGGUUUUCCUAUGUUGCAGAAAGCUAAAGGUCGCUUUUUGUUAGUCAUAUAUCUGAGAUUUAAUCAAGAUUUGCACACAUAUUUAUAUAAUCAUGUUUGGUUUGUUCUCUUGACAUUUGUUUUGGCUUUCAAGUGAGUGCGAUAUUUAAAAAAAAUGUGAUAUAAUAAUUUCAUUUUGUAAUCCCCGGUCAUAUUUAGAUUUUUUAUUGAGAUAUAAUUGUCCCUACCUUUAAAGCCAGCGAGAAUUCUUUGGCACAGUCGUGAACAUGUGUCUUUGGUGCUUUAUCGGUGGAAUAUAACCGAUAGCCCACUGAAACAUAUAAUUAUACGCAAUGUUUUAAAUGUCGAUUUUUAGAGUUUUCGAUUUCAAAGCAAAACGUCGGGCUAUUGUGAAAGCUUUGAAGUCGUCGUGGUGGUGUUCGACACCAUCGAUGUGCAAGAACUCUAAGCCAGGCCAUAACUCAAACACCAUUGGUGAUAUUCAGAUAAAUUAUGGUACACAUGUUGUUAGAGACAUGGACAGCAAGGCUCAUAAAUCAUUUAAUGAUUGUACAGUUAUGCCCUUGAAAAAGUAAUGUCUAAACUUGGCCACAACUUAGCCGUUCGUUCAAGAUAUUCACAUGUCACUUUGUAACAAAAUACACUAAAUAAGUAGCAAGGCGCAUACAUCUGGCAUUUUUGUGUGUCCGUCAUGCAAGUCUCUCACUCUACUAUAAAACCCUUCAAGGUUACCAAAUGAAUUUUGUACAUAAUGAUUAUGUUAACAGUGACACUAUUCUCAAAUAAGGCCAAUAACUCAAAGCUUUAAUAAUGUUCAAGUUUUCCCAUUGAAAGGUUAAAAAAGUCAUGCAACUAGCUUGGUAAUAACUUCGAUAGAAAUAAAAGAAUAAGAAAAAGAACAGGAGUCUUUAUACAGAUAUUACCAGUGUGACUGAAGCAUAUGUAGCGAGGCCCAAAUCCCUGUAUAUUCCCUUAUUACCAGUUCUCGACUGAAGAAACAACAAGAACAGAACAACCGACGACCGUUGGCUUUCGAUGGCUGCGCUAUUGUUGUUUCUUACAGUGUCUUAUACUUUACAUUUCAUUUUAACAAUUCAAAUAUGUAUCUAUACGGACAAAUUUAUGAUUUUUGUUAUUAUUUCUAUCCAAUAUAUGUUUUUUUAAGAAUGUUACAAUUUUAGAAUCUCACCCCUGUAUAACUUACAUUUUUUAACCUACUGUGACUAUGUACCGUUUCUUAAGCAUUUUUAAAUAGUUACGUCGUCCUUAGUUAUGAUAUUUAUUUUUUUGUCACCGACAAAGCAUGGCUGACACAUUCGGAUUACUUUGUUCGCGUUGUCUUCGUCGGAGUCAAACUUUCGUUUCCGAUUUAUAACUAUUGCAUUUUGGUCCAUAGUCUUUAGACUUGGUAUGCACGUUUGCCGAGGUCAGUUAAUGACUUCUUUUGACAUGACCUUUACUGGACAUAUAUGGGAAUUUCUAACAGACGAGAAAUCUCAUUGUUUUUAAAAUACAUCUGACACAAAUUAUCAAAAUCAUAUUGAUUUUUUUUCUCUAAAUAUUUAAAAGUUUUGAGGUACCAGGGUAAAGAAAUCGGAAAAUUCACAAUUAGAAGCAAGGUAUUGGACCAUUUCUCGGGGUAGGUCAAGUCCAGUAGGACUGCAAGGUUAUCCGUUAGUGUUUGAGAGUGGGUACCCUACAAAGGUUGAGACUGACAAAGAUAAAUUGAGGAAUCUGCAAUAUUGUUUUUAAUUAUAAAUAACUGUAUUCUAUGUAAGUUGUUAAAUAAUUUUAUUAUUUUUAUUUGUUUUUAUUUGUCAAUUAUUAUAUAUAUUUUGAAUAAAAUGUCAUCUGUA